AGAAUAUUUUCCUGCGUUAUGGUUACACACACAACCUCACGUUUGCUCUUCCUGGAGGUGGGAACUACCUGGGAAAUCCUAGUCUGUUUAAGGCCGCCAUCAUUCCCAAGAAGCUUCUCCCUCCAAGUGGUAAGGUCGACAUCUUUGCCGUCCACACACGUCUCAACUUCAAGGAACACUCGAGAGUCUUGCACAACGACACCCGCUGGGUCACCCUCGUCCGAGAUCCGGCGACACUGUACGAGAGUCUGUUCAACUUCUUCCACUUGAAGAACGGCUACAACCUGGAUCUGUCGGCGUUCAGCUCCCAGCCUAUGUCGAGGCUGAUGGAGCUGCCGCGCUACGGCGGGAAGUUCGGCAAGAACCAGAUGCUGUUCGACCUGGGCUACAGCGACAACAUGUCGGUGACGCAGCUGCGGCAGGCGAUCGAGGAGCUGGACAGCGUGUUCGACCUGGUGAUGGUGGCGGAGCGGAUGGACGAGUCGCUGGUCCUGCUGCGCCACCUGCUGUGCUGGAGCCUCCACGACGUGGUGGUGUUCACCAAGAACGCGCGCCGCCAGGAGGUCAAGCCCACGCUCGACCCGCAGACGAGGCAGACGCUGCGGGAGCUGAACAGCGCCGACGCGCUGCUCUACGACCACUUCAUGGCCAAGCACCGCCGCGCCGUGCUCGAGUUCGGCGCGCGCAGGAUGGCCGACGAGGUCUCGGCGCUGCGCAGCCUCCGCGACGAGUACUUCGAGGACUGCGGCGCGCGCGAGGUCAAGGGCAAGGACUCCACCCUCAAGUUCAAGGAGUACUCGGGGCUGGUGAGCUCGUACGUGACCUCCAACAACUCUGACCAGAACUGCCUCAUGCUGUCCCUGCCCGAGCUGCCCCUGGUGGACACCGUGAGGCGGAAGCAGCUCAAGGUCCUGGAGGAGAUGCGGGCGCCCUCCUAGCACCGUGCCGGGGUCGCCCUCGGACCGACUCGCCGUUGUUAUCGUUCCAAAUCAAACCGCGACGAAGAUGUGAUACGAGGAACCUCCCGGGUCGAGGCCUGAAGCCGACCGAUCUUCCACUGUGCCCGCAGCGCGUGGCUUCCAGUUGUGCGUGUUAUAAGGAAUCUAUUUUUGUACAUUAUUCUGAGCGAUGUUGUUGACGAUGAAUGUGUUAAUUUUUUCCUUCUUGAUUUUCUUUUGCUGUUUCGAGUCAGCAAACCAGCACCGAAGUGCCUCUUGUUUGGUGUAUACACAAGGCUGUGAGAUUUUCAUACCUUUCAUAACGCUCAUUGGGUGCCUUCAAAAAUGACAAGUUCCCAAUGAUUUUUUCAAUAUUGUUGAAUUUGUGUACUUUGUAAUGCACAUGUGAUGAGCGCUAAAGACAGAUAGUCUAUAUUUUUGUCCGUUUAGAAACAAAACGAGUGCUUUAUGUUCCUGCAUAUCAUAAUUCUACGUUCACAAUCAGCAAAACUAACUAAAAAACAAAACAAAAAGAUAGAAAGAGCGGAAGAAGACGCACAGUUUUCUCCCUCCAAUGAAGUACCAGGGGACGUAACAAUUCUUCCCUGUGAGUAUAUGCUUCGAAGCCUCUUCUCCGGCUCGGAAGGCGAGGGGCGUCCGCUCAUUGCCAAACUUUGCUGAAGCUGAAUGAAUUCGGUCCAGAUGAUUGUUUGCAGCCAGGGUUGUGGAGCUGGGGGUCACACUGUCAAUAUUAUUUUUUCUGUAGACGUGUGGAAAUAUAGAGUUGAAUGAUUCA